AUGAUUUUCAGAAACGAGUGGAAGUACUCGAUUAAUGCUAAGACAUUUGAUAAUGUCGAUCCCUCGCUUUUUCGGAACUUCAGGUUUUGCACUUUAUUCAACUACAUCGUUUGGUCAUGGGGACUUACUUUGCUGAAGGUUGCUUUGUUUGUUUCCGACGUUUACACCUGCAUAAAGCUACUGGCAUACAAUCCAUGGUCUAAUAAUAUCAUUCAGCCGUACUUACCAUUCCGCAUAUCCAAAUGGCUUUUCAGUGGAUGUAUCUUAGCUUCGAUCGUACUCUUAAUAUGGGAAACUAUUAGUGGCAUCAGGAUUUAUCGUACGAGAAAUAUUGCAUUAACUUACAUCAACGAUUUCUCGAGAACAGCAUACUCAUUGUCCAAUUAUAACUUUUUUUGCGUAUUGAAUAAGAUAUCACCUACUGGUGCGUAUCAAAAGGUUGCAUUUUAUACAUUUUUUGAGAUAAAGAGUUGCAUUCGGCUUUUAUUUACAGAUACCCCAAGGCAGGUCAUAAAUGGACUCACAUUGUGGUCUGUACUUGUCACAGUUAAGCCAAAUUCAAGUCUUGGUGAUCUCGAAUCUUUUGAUGGGUUAAUCGCCAAGAUUAGGACUAUCGCUCAAACAAAUCAUGAAGAAGCUGUGCUGUUAUCGUUUAUGUUAUUCUCUUUUAUCAUUUGGGCAUUUUUCAUUUCCAGACUUGUCUUAGCCCUCUUAUGUUCCGUGUAUGUUUAUUACAAGCUCAUCAACAAGCAUAGGCACAGUGGAUUGAGAGAAUUUGUGUGUGUUACGAUCAGUCGUAAUAUCGAUGCUUUGGUCGAGAGAAGGAGGAAGAAACUAGCCAAUUUAUCGAACAAAUCGACUGCUACUUUCGAAGAAUACCAAUAUGCAUUCAACAACGAUUCGAGUGCGGAAUUACUCAAGCAACAUCCAACUUUCAGCAGAACGAGCACGAACGAUCUCGAGGCUCAAAAGGAGAAAAUCGAGGACGACUUUAAUGAAACGACCAAACCAGUUGAAGUCACUUCCGCUAUCAAGGACAGUUUCGAGCCAGUAGUCAUGGAGUCUGUUCAGCCACUAAUGUCGACGGAAAGUUUAGUGAGACCGAGACCUCCACCAAUUUCAACGAAACACAGCUUCGAAAGCGAAAAAAUAUGCACGCCCACAAGGGCUCACACAAGGAUCCCAUUUCCACAAAGGAAUGAUAGUUUGCUGGAAAGAAGGGAGAGGAUAGCUAAUGAAGAUUACGAGCACUACACUCGAGGAAAUAAAUAA